CUCUUCCUCCAACAAUCAGUUUCACAUCGCCCUUGUCUACCUCGAUUAAAUCGUCUACAGCAUCCCCUACUCCAACAACUACGUUGAGUAAGAUAACAACUAUGUUAACUACACCGACGUUGACAACAUCAGUUAUCACUGAAUUAACAACAACAACAACAUUAACAACACCGACAACAUCUGUAACUACAAUACCUCAUACAACAACAUCAACUUCACAUCCUCCAACUACAACUACUACACCAACUCCGACAACAUCAAUAAUCACUACACCAGAAACAACCACAUCAACUACACCUACCCCGACAACAUCUGUAACUACAAUACCUCAUACAACAACAUUAACUUCACCUCCUCCAACUACAACUACUACACCAACUCCGACAACAUCAAUUAUCACUACACCAGAAACAACAACAUCAACAACACCUACCCCGACAGCAUCUGUAACUACAAUACCUCCUACAACAACAUCAACUUCACCUCCUCCAACUACAACAACUACACCAACUCCGACAACAUCAAUUAUCACUUCACCAGAAGCAACAACAUCAACCACAGCUACGCCGACAACAUUUGUAACUACAAUACCUCCUACAUCAACAUCAACUACACCUCCUCCAAGUACAACUACUACACCAACUCCGACAACAUCAAUUAUCACUACACCAGAAACAACCACAUCAACAACACCUACCCCGACAACAUCUGUAACUACAAUUCCGCCUACAACAACAUCAACAACACCUCCUCCAAUUACAUCUACUACACCAACUCAGACAACAUCAAUUAUCACUUCACCAGAAACAACCAUAUUAACUACACCUACCCCGACAACAUCUGUAACUACAAUACCUCCUACAACAACAUCAACUACACCUCGUGCAACUACAACUACUACACCAACUCCGACAACAUCAAUUAUCACUACACCAGAAACAACCACAUCAACAAGACCUACCCCGACAACAUCUGUAACUACAAUUUCGCCUACAACAACAUCAACUACAUCUCCUCCAACUACAACUACUACACCAACUCCGACAACAUCAAUUAUCACUACACCAGAAACAACCACAUCAACAAGACCUACCCCGACAACAUCUAUAACUACAAUUUCGCCUACAACAACAUCAACUACACCUCCUCCAACUACAACAACUACACCAACUCCGACAACAUCAAUUGAAAAUACACCUGAGAAAACAACAUCAACAACACCUACCCCGACAACAACUGUAACUACACUACCUCAUACAACAACAACAGCUACACCCCCUCCAAAUACAACAACUACAUCAACUCAGACAACAUCAAUUAUCACUCCACUAGAAACAACCACAUCAACAACACCUACUCCGACAACAUCUGUAACUACAAUUCCGCCUACAACAACAUCAACUACACCUCAUCCAAUUACAACUACUACACCAACUCCAACAACAUCAAUUAUCACUACACCAGAAACAACCACAUCAACCACACCUACCCCGACAACAUCUGUAACUACAAUACCUCCUACAACAACAUCAACUACAUCUCCCCAAACUACAACAACAACACCUACUCCGACAACAUCAAUUGAAACUACACCUGAAAAAACAACAUCAACUACACCUACCCCGACAACAUCUGUAACUACAAUACCUCCUACAACAACGUCAACUACACCUCCUCCAACAACAUCAACUACACCAACUCAGUCAACAUCAAUUAUCACUACACCAGAAACAACCACAUCAACUACACCUACCCCGACAACAUCUGUAACUACAAUACCUCCUACAACUGCAUCAACUACACCUCCUCCAACUACAACAACUACACCAACUCCGACAACAUCAAUUAUCACUACACAAGAAACAACCACAUCAACCACACCUACCCCGACAGCAUCUGUAACUACAAUACCUCCUACAACCACAUCAACUACACCUCCUCCAAGUUCAAGUACUACACCAACUCCGAAAACAUCAAUUAUCACUACAACAGAGACAACCACAUCAACCACACCUACGCCGACAACAUCUGUAACUACAAUACCUCCUACAACAACAUCAACUACACCUCCUCCAACUACAACAACUACACCAACUCCGACAACAUCAAUUAUCACUACACCAGAAACAACCACAUCAACAACACCUACUCCGACAACAUCAGUAACUACAAUACCUCCUACAACAACAUCAACUACACCUCCCCAAACUACACCAACAACACCAACUCCGACAACAUCAAUUAUCACUACACCAGAAACAACCACAUCAACAACACCUACCCCGACAACAUCUGUAACUACAAUACCUCCUACAACAACAUCAACUACACCCCCUCCAACUACAACAACUAUACCAACUCCAACAACAUCAAUUAAAACAACACCUGAAAAAACAACAUCAACAAUACUUACCCCGACAACAUAUGUAACUACAAUUCCUCCUACAACUGCAUCAACUACACCUCCUUCAACUACAACAACUACACCAACUCCGACAACAUCAAUUAUCACUACACAAGAAACAACCACAUCAACUACACGUACCCCGACAACAUCUGUAACUACAAUACCUCCUACAACCACAUCAACUACACCUCCUCCAAGUACAAGUACUACACCAACUCCGAAAACAUCUAUUAUCACUACACCAGAGACAACCACAUCAACCACACCUACGCCGACAACAUCUGUAACUACAAUACCUCCUACAACAACAUCAACUACACCUCCUCCAACAACAACUUCUACACCAACUCCGACAACAUCAAUUAUCACUCCACCAGAAACAACCACAUCAAACACACCUACCCCGACAACAUUUGUAACUACAAUACCUCCUACAACAACAUCAACUACACCUCCUCCAACUACAACUUCUACACCAACUCCGACAACAUCAAUUAUCACUCCACCAGAAACAACCACAUCAACGACACCUACCCCGACAACAUCUGUAACUACAAUUCCUCCUACAACAACAUCAACUACACCUCCUCCAACUACAACAACUAUACCGACUCCGACAACAUCAAUUAUCACUACAGAAGAAACAACCACAUCAACGACACCUACCCCGACAAUAUCUGUAACUACAAUACCUCCUACAACAACAUCAACUACACCUCCAACUACAACAACUAUACCAACUCCGACAACAUCAAGUAUCACUACACCAGAGACAACCACAUCAACAAUACCUACCCCGACAACAUCUGUAACUACAAUUCCUCCUACAUCAACAUCAACCACACCUCCCCAAACUACACCAACUACACCAACUCCGACAACAUCAAUUGAAACUACACCAGAAACAACCACAUCAACAACACCUACCCCGACAACAUCUGUAACUACAAUUCCGCCAACAACAACAUCAACUACACCUCGUCCAACUACAACUACUACACCAACUCCGACAACAUCAAUUAAAACUACACCUGAAACAACCACUUCUACAAAACCUAACUCGACAACAUCUGUAACUACAAUACCUCCUACAACAACAUCAACUACACCUCCCCAAACUACAACAACUAAACCAACUCCGAUAACAUCAAUUAUCACUACACCAGAAAGAACCACAUCAACCACACCUAACCCGACAACAUCUGUCACUUCAAUACCUCCUACAACAACAUCAACUACACCUCCUCCAACUACAACAACUGGACCAACUCCGACAACAUCGAUUAUCACUACACCAGAAACAACCACAUCAACAACACCUACCCCGACAACAUCUGUCACUUCAAUACCUCCUCCAACAACAUCAACUACACCUCCUCCAACUACUUCUACUACACCAACUCCGACAACAUCAAUUAUCACUACCCCAGAAACAACAACAUCAACUACACCUACCCCGACAACAUCUGUAACUACAAUACCUCCUACAACAACAUCAACUACACCCCCUCCAACUACAUCAACUACACCAACUCAGACAACAUCAAUUACCAUUACACCAGAAACAACCACAUCAAACACACCUACCCCGACUACAUCUUUAACUACAAUACCUCCUACAACAACAUCAACCUCACCUCCUCCAACUACAACUACUACACCAACUCCGACAACUUCAAUUAUCACUACACCAGAAACAACCACAUCAACAAGACCUACCCCGACAACAUCUGUAACUACACUACCUCCUACAACAACAUCAACUACACCUCCAACUACAACUACUACACCAAAUCCGACAACAUCAAUUGAAACUACACCAGAAACAACCAUAUCAACAACACCUACGCUAACAACAUCUGUAACUACAAUACCUCCUACAACAACAUCAACUAAACCUCCUCCAACUACAACUACUACACCAACCCCGACAACAUCUGUAACUACACUACCUCCUACAACAACAUCAACUACCCCUCCUCCAACUCCAACUACUACACCAACUCCGACAACUUCAAUUAUCACUACACCAGAAACAACCACAUCAACAAGACCUAGCCCGACAACAUCUGUAACUACACUACCUCCUACAACAACAUCAACUACACCUCCUCCAACUACAACUACUUCACCAAAUCCGACAACAUCAAUUAUCACUACAUCAGAAACAAGCACAUCAACUACACCUACGCUAACAACAUCUGUAACUACAAUACCUCCUACAACAACAUCAACUACACCUCCUCCAACUACAACAACUACACCAACUCCGACAACAUCAACUAUCACUACACCAGAAAGAAGCACAUCAACAACACCAACCCCGACAACAUCUGUAACCACAGUACCUUCUACAACAACAUUAACUACACCUCCUCCAACUACAACAACUACACCAACUCCGACAACAUCAAUUAUCACUACACCAGAAACAACCACAUCAGCAACACCUACCCUGACAACAUCUGUAACUACAAUACCUCAUACAACAACAUCAACUACACCUCCUCCAACUACAACUUCUACACCAACUCUGACAACAUCAAUUGAAACUACACCAGAAACAACCACAUCAACCACACCUAACCCGACAACAUCUGUAACUACAAUAUCUCCUACAACAACAUCAACUACACCUCCCCCAACUACAACAGCUACAACUCAUCGACAUAUCACAUCUGCAACCUCUCCCCCAACUUCAACAACUACACAAGCACCUACUCCAACUACAUCGACAACGUCAACCACAACAGAGUCAACAACGACUUCCACGAUGACUAUUUCGACUACAACGUCCGCCACGCCCACACCGACGACAUCAGUCACCACUACAACAACACCAACUUCCAUUGCUAGUCCUACAACAGAAUGUUUACACAGAUUCGUGGAAAAAUAUUCUCACGAUAUUGUUGCUAAAUCCAAAGACGGGGUAGGAAAUGGACUAAGUGAGGCAUUUUUACCGUUUGCUGGACGUUCGCUACCAACAAUACUGUAUACAUUGAAGGCUGUCAACGAUGAUGUGCGAUUCUUCCGGUUUGUGGGACGGGUUUCAAACUUGAAGCUAGUCCGCGUAUUUGUCAUCGAUAAUUAUAAAAGGAGCGUCAGUCCAAUCAAUCCAAUUGAGAUUGAUGUUACUGGAGGGUUCCGGAAAAGAAUAGAGGUAAAAUUACUUGGCACACGAGGUGUGGCAUUAAAGGUCGUAUUGGUACCAGCAUCGUAUGGCCAACCUUCUCUUGAUAGUGUCCAAUUGGAAGUUUGCUAUGAGACAGCUUCUACAACAACAGUUAAAACAACUUUGGCCAGCACUACCACUACUCAAAAGACUUGCACACAUACUAACAGCAUGGAAGAUCCGAUCAAUACACCGCAAAUUAUAAGCGAUUCAUCCGCAUUCGUACUAUCGACUAACGAUAUUGCUCAAUUGGGUUCUCAAAACGGGUUACCUGUGAGCGAGAGCCCGUUCGUCAUUUCCGUCACUUUCGAAAAUGCUGUCGUCGUUGACACAUUUGAAGUUAUUGAUUUUGCCGGUACUAAUAUCGAACAAGUUGAUGUACAGAUAAAAGAAGGUGAAAAUCUUACUCCGCCGAUAAAGGAAGGCAAUGGACACUUUUCCUUAAUCAGAAAUGAAAAGGUUAAACAAUUGAGAAUCACAUUUACUGCUACGGAGACUAAUAUGAUGAUUGUCAGAUUCAAGAUAUUUGUAUGUGCUGAAGGUACAACACAAGUUUCAAGUGAGGCAACAACCCAACCAUCGUCUACUUCUGCUGUGUCAACCUCGAGUACCACGUCAUCGUCAUCGACUACUGUAGGGACAGGAGCAACAACAGCUGAAACAACCACCCAGUCAACGGCAUCUCAGGGGUCUACCACAACAGGAAACCCCACUGUCCCUCCGACUGAAUCAACAGCUGCGUCUACGGAGUCAACACGUACUAGUGGUACUAUGGCGAGUUUUCCGACCGAAAAACCUCCAACCUCUUUACAUUCAACAAAGGGAACGGGAAACCGUUCUACUACUACUGCGUUCCAAUCAACAACUUCUCUAAUUACAUCAACAGGAACUAGUUCCGCAACCCAAGGAACUGUACCGACAAAAACGAGUUUUGCAUCAACAACUCUAUCUGUGACAACACCCCCAUCGGAAACUACGUCUACCGCGUUUACUACGAAGUUACCAACAACGACGACCUUUGUUACUCCUACUGCUUCAAUCUCUUCCUCAGAAACUAUGACGCUGACCACUUUGGUUUCCACUGCUUCACCACCAACUUCGACUACUCACAGCAUAACAAAUGUAUCGACAACGGCAGGCACCUCAGGAACAACUGUUAGUCAGACAACAUCAGUUGCAGAAACCACGUCUGCUGCUACCACAGCAUCAAAGGCACCAACAACGACGACCGCUCCAGCAUCUGCAACAACAAAGCCCUACCAGGAAACAACGACACAGACAACUGUGUCUUCUGCUGGUACAACAGCGCCUUCGACUUCCGCCAGCACAGAAGGUUCAACAACACAAGUUUCAAGUGAGACAACGACCCAACCAUCGUCUACAUCAGCUGUUUCAAUCUCAAAUGGCACGUCGUCUUCGUCGACUACUGUUGGUACAGGAGCAACAACAGCUAAAACGACCAUCCUGUCAACGCCAUCUCAGGUCUCUACCACAACAGAAAAGCCAACUAUCCCGACGCAGCCUUCUGUAACGACUCCAACUGAGUCAACAGCUACUUCUACGGGGUCUACACGUUCUGGUGUAUCGACAACGGCAAGCACAUCAGGAACAACUGUGAGUGAGACAACAUCAGUUUCAGAAACCACGUCUGCUGCUACCUCAACAUCGAAGGCACCAACAACAAAGACUGCACCAUUAUCGACAACUGUCGAAAAAACAUCACCAACCACAUCUAUAAUCACCACUGGUACAAGUAGCGGGACUUCCCCAAGUACAGCAGUUUCGACAACAACAAGCACCUCAUCAACAUCUGCUAGUGAGACGACGAUAAUUUCAGAAACCACGUCUACUGCUACCUCAACAUCAAAGGCACCAACAACGACGACCGCUCCUACAUCUGCAACAACAAAGCCCUACCAGGAAACAACGACACCGACAACUGUGUCUUCUGCUGGUACAACAGCGUCUUCGACAUUCCACAGCACAGCAGUGUCAACAAUUGGAACUAUGACAACACCGUCUUCCUCAUCAACGCUCUCCACUACCUCACAAUCAACAACGACCGCCGGCACAACACACACCGUAGCAACUUCUCCGUCAGAAACUAUGACGUUGACGUCUAUUGUUUCAACUGGUACGCCACAACCUACUACUACCCAGAGUACAACAGAAUCGACUACAACCCUUUCUCAAACUACUACGCACGAGUGUGAGGAAGAGGACGUUAUGAAGAGACCGGACCUCAUCAAUACCGAUAAUAUCAAUAUUAAAUAUCCUGAUGGUACACCAUUUGAUCUAGAUGACAACGAAGCACUUCUUGAUAGCUUUGCAGAAUAUGCCGAUAUACCGGAAAAUGUUGAAAUAACAUUAGUAUUCAGUAGAAUUAUCUCACCGGUCAGACUGGUCAUCACAGGACCAGAUGAUUUACAAAAUGGAAAUGUGAAGUCGUUCACUUUGGAGUUCCCUGAUUCAGCAUAUGAGCCAAGACCUAAACUGGUGGGAAAUGAAGAGUUUAGUAAAAUUAAAAUCGUUUUGAAUGAGAAAUUUAAACCAAACCGUCCAUACAGAAUUCACAUACAAAUACUUCAAUGUAAAGAAGGAGAAACAACAGCGACAACCACGGCUAGCUCGACUCAAUCAACAACAGGACAUGCAGUAAAACCACCCACAGUCACAACAGUUCAACCAUCAAUUUCUUUCCCUUCGACAACGACACAAUCGCUCGAAACAAUUUCUGAGGGCACAAAAGGCGGAGGUGUAGUUACAACACAAACAACACUACCAUCAACAACAGCAGAAACUGGAACAACACAGGAAACCUCGACACAAGGCACUGGUGCAACUACGUCAUUAUCGACGACAUCAAGAGGAUCAACAACAAUCACAGCAACAACCCCAUCACGCGCAACCACAACAGAGGCACCAUCGACCACUUCAACAGUUGGAACAGGGAGUACUGAGUUCUUAGUGAACAAACCAACUACUGGUAUCACAGAAAGUACAGGCCUGACACUUCCUACUCAAUCAUCAUCUCAAACAUCCUCAACCACAGAAAGCGUUUCAGAGAUAACUACAACAGGAAUUACAGAGUCAACUACAUCAGUUGCAUCAUCAACGACAACAACAUCAGGAACAACAGCCGAAACAUCAUCAACAGCAGUAGCUUCAUCAACAACUGUAGCAAGUACAACAUCACCAUCCACCACGGCACCUACAACAACAUCGGGUACCGCACCAACAACUAGUACGUCGCCAACCUCAACUGGAACGCAAUCGAUAUCAACGACAACAUUGCCUGUAACAACAUCAGAAUCUGUCACUGAGAUAUCUACAACAGGAAUUACAGAGUCAACAACAUCAGUUGCAUCAUCAACGACAGCAACAUCAGGAACAACAGCCGAAACAUCAACGACAGCGCUGGCUUCAUCAACAACUGUAGCAAGUACAUCAUCACCAUCCACCACGGCACCGACAACAACAUCGGGUACCGCACCAACAACUAGUACGUCACCAACCUCAACUGGAACGCAAUCUAUAUCAACGACAACAUUGCCUGUAACAACAUCAGAAUCAGUCACUGAGAUAACUACGACAGGAAGUACAGAGUUAACAACUACAGCAACAUCAGGGACAACACCGGUUGCUUCAUCAACAACUGCAGCAACUACAACACAACCAAAAACAGCCACAUCGACUGUAACACCGUCCGAAACAACGUCAACAUCAGCUGUGACGACAUCGGAAUCGACCACCGCAUCGACAUUAGCACGCACCUCACCAACAACUUUAACUGAAACAACGUCGGGUUCAGAAACCACGUCUGCUGCUACAUCAACAACGAAGACACCAACAACGACGACGCCUCCAAUAUAUAUAACAUCAACGCCUUUCGAGGAAACCUCGACACCAACACAUGUGUCCACCACCGGUACAUCAACGCCUAGAAUUACCCACAGCUCAACCGGUUCAACAACGCGAUUUUCUAGUGAGGCAACGAGCCAACAAUCAUCUACUUCAGCUCUAUCAACUUCGAGUACUUCGAGUAGCACGUCAUAUUCGUCGACUACUGUCGGUACAGGAGCUACAGUCGCUGAAACGACCACCCUCUCAACAGCAUCUCAGGGUUCUACAACAACAGUACAACCUUCUUUCCCUACGCCUUCGGUUACUUCUACUGAAACUGAAUCAACAACAUCUCCCACGGAGUCAACAACUAGCGAACCAACCGAAAGUAGUAGUGUUUCGACGUCUGGAACACAAAGCACUGGUGCAACACAGGAGACAAGUACAACAUUAUCAACAACCGCAAAAGGAUCAACUACCACAAUAGUUACCCUACCGUCUCGGCCUUCAACAACUUUGACACCGACGACCUCUACCACAACAGAAUGCCUAGAAGACAUCAGCAAUUAUAAUACCAAUAAUCAAGUGUUUGAGGCGAGUGUUGGACCUGGACCUAAAACGACUAUAACCCAGAAAGUGAUAUUAACGUCCACUUCUCCGUCUGUCACUUUUACUGUCACGAAAGAGUUUGAGGGAACUGAAUUCAUGGAGUUGAACUUCACAGUGUCAACGGCUGCUACCAUAUCAUUCAAUGUUGGUCUAGAACCUAGCAGUUCUGUCUCGAUAUCAGAUAUGAACAUAUCAACAAAUGGGAAAGGCACACUGACACUCACAGGAUUGGGAAAGAGAUUACGAUCGAUUACACUUACCAGUAAUGUUCCUGUAGAGUUAUACCAAGUACAGUUUAAAGGCUGUUUCGGUAAAGGAACCACAACCACCGUUCUACCAACAACGACAGCCCCGACAGCCACUACAUCACCAUCGACAUUUGAGCAAACUUCUAGUAGCACAAUCACGACACCUUCGUCGACAACAGAGCAAACCAUAAGUACCACAGCUACUCCAACAACUCAGAGUGUGACCUCACAGAUUACCACAACGUCAGAAUGCCUAGAAGACAUCAGCAAUUAUAAUACCAAUAAUCAAGUGUUUGAGGCGUGUGUUGGACCUGGACCUAAAACGACUAUAACCCAGAAAGGGAUAUUAACGUCCACUUCUCCGUCUGUCACUUUUACUGUCACGAAAGAGUUUGAGGGAACUGAAUUCAUGGAGUUGAACUUCACAGUGUCAACGGCUGCUACCAUAUCAUUCAAUGUUGGUCUAGAACCUAGCAGUUCUGUCUCGUUAUCAGAUAUGAACAUAGCAACAAAUGGGAAAGGCACACUGACACUCACAGGAUUGGGAAAGAGAUUACGAUCGAUUACACUUACCAGGAAUGUUCCUGUAGAGUUAUACCAAGUACAGUUUAAAGGCUGUUUCGGUAAAGGAACCACAACCACCGUUCUACCAACAACGACAGCCCCGACAGCCACUACAUCACCAUCGACAUUUGAGCAAACUUCUAGUAGCACAAUCACGACACCUUCGUCGACAACAGAGCAAACCAUAAGUACCACAGCUACUCCAACAACUCAGAGUGUGACCUCACAGAUUACCACAACGUCAGGUACAACUUCUACGAAUCCACCAACAACUACUCCAUGUGAGCAUAAAUUUAUCAAAAUGAGAGACAACAUGCAGAAUAUUAAGAUUGAAAUCGAGGGUCAACCACAAAUGUAUGCGGGAACAGCCUUAACAGGAACCUUACAACUAGAAAAUGAAGAAGAGACUAUUACUGCGAAACUGGUUAAAACUGCAAAGAGUGACAAUCCUGUGUUUGAUGUUUCUUUCAAAACUUCUUACGUACAAAAUGUAACAGUUUCACUGCAAACUAAAGCAGGAAGCCCUUCAGGAAAACCACAGGUAAAGACGCUUCAAGGUAACGCCAAUGAAGAUGUUACAGUAUCAUUCAACGGUGCAGACGGCUACCAGGUUGAAAUAACUUUAACAAAGGCGUUGGACAAACCAGAAAAAAUGAAAAUUUCCCUGUUGAAGAUAGAAGCAUGCUUUGAAUCAGAGGCGUGUUCAUUUACCACCGUAACAAAUAACAACGCUGACGACUUCGUAUCAGUUAGCGAUACUAAUGGAGAAAGUGUUCCGUCCAUAUUUCUUACUGGAGAUAUAUCCAAUGUACCACGUUCUAAUGGCGGAUCAGUCAUGUUGCUAUUGUCAUUAUACGGCGCAACUCCAUAUACCAUAUCCGUAUCUUAUGCUGCAAUUAGCUUCACUCUGGAAUACAAAUCUCAAGAGGUUUUCGUUGCGCCGUUUUCAGAGAAUGAAGAAUCCGUAGAUAUUCAUGUUGAUGGCAUAUUAAGAGAUGUAGACUCAUUGACAAUAGUUAUCAGUUUAACUUAUGGACAGACACCUCUAUUUAAGAUAGAUAAACUAAUUGGAUGCAUGAAACAAAAAGGAACCACAACCACCGUUCUACAAUCAACGACCGCCACUACAUCAUCGACAUCCAAGCAAAGUUCUAGCAGCACAAUCACGACACCUUCGUUGACAACAGAGCAAAUUACCACAUCUCCAGAACCCUCAACACCGUCAACGACUUCUGGAACACAAACAACAACUUCCAGGAUAUCAACAACGACCUCUAUAACCGGAACGACAUCUUCAAAGACAACAACACCGACGUCUGGAACAACAACGACGUUUGGGGUUACAACUGCUUCAUCCGUCGUACCAACGUCAACUAUCGUGACAGUUACACCAACAUUACAUACUAGCACUGCUACUACGACAACUGAAAUAACAACAACCGUAGGUCAGCAGUAUUGUGACAUGAAUUCAUUGUCCCUACAAGGCGAAAUCAAUUAUUCGGCUUUUGAACCCAGUGCAAGCACUCCUUUGGGAUAUUAUAUUCAGGAUGGUGAAAGAGUACUGGUUGAAAUCGGAGAUCAAAUUGAAAUAGGAGAAAUCAUUCAUUUUUACUGUUAUAAUUGUACAUGCGCUUCGUCUGGCCAAUUUGAAUGCAGUGAAAAAUCUAAUCCUUGCUCUUGCAAAUACUUUCCAUGGUCGGAUUGGACACAAUGUUCCAAGACAUGUGGAACUGGUAUACGUCGCAGAACAAGACAACUCAUCCCUGGAUAUUAUGACGAACAGUGUGAAGAUGAGGAACCGAAAACAGAGGAGUGUACUAUAAAGAAUUGUGAAUAUACUACUACGCCACCUCCUUGGACUCCUUGGACUCCAUGUAAUGCCGCUGAUUGUAAAAUUGGAACGCAAACACGAACACGGUGCGAAUCCAACGGGAUCGACUGUAAACAGGAAAGACAGUGCAGUCAAAACAAUACAGAGUGCAGUUGUCCUGACGGAAAAGUGUACACGGAAAUGUGUGACUAUGCAUGUAACAGCACUUGUAAAGCCUACAGGUCCACACAAUGUGACGAGAGUGAAAAUUGUGAAAACAUGACUUGCAUAUGUAAAGAAGGAACUACUGAAUACAAUGGCGAAUGCAUCAAGUUCUCAAAAUGUCCAUGUUUUGAUGAUGAUGGAAUACCAAUGCCCCAAAACACGACGAAGAAAUACAAGGAAACCUGUCAAGAAUGUACCUGUACUGAAAAUGGAAUGGACUGCCGAACAAUGGAAGAUUGUUGUGAACACGAUACCUGGUCAGAAUGGACUGAGUGUUAUAACAAUAAAAUGUGUGGAUCUGGAUUAAGAACACGCUACAGCGAAGUGAUUUAUGGUGACUGUGAAAAGAACACUGAAAGAGAGGAAUGCAUUUUGCCAAAUCCAUGUGGACAAUGUGUUUAUAAUGGCGUAACAUAUAACGAUACCGACGUUGUUGAAGAAGACGAACAAUCCUGCAUAAAGAAAAUAUGCAUCAAUUCGAGUGUUGAAGACGUCCCACUAGAUGGAAUUGAUGGUGCAUUUGGAUCAUGGCUUACGUGGGGUCCAUGCUCUGCCACAAUGAUGAAUUGCAAUGGAACAAGAGCGCGACGUAGAUCAUGCAACACCCCAUCACCAUCAUUAUGUGGCAAGCCUUGCGAAGGAGAUUACGAGGAUAUAGAAAGCUGUUCCGCUAAUAUUUGUUGUGAAGUAACUCCAUGGUCGACCUGGGAGAACUGCUCAAAGCCGUGCGGUACAGGGACACAGACCCGAACACGUGAUCUUGUUAGCCCCUCUGAUGCAAGCUAUUGUAAUCUAGCAUUAACGGAAUCAGACCUAUGUAAUAUUCAGAGCUGCGAGACUAACUGUACCGUUUCAAACUGGAGCGAUUGGACACCUUGCAGUGUAACUUGUGGAUUAGGAACCAAAUCAAGAUAUCGCAACGUCACUAGUGAGACAAGCGAUGACUGUCCACACUUAACUGACAAAGAUGAAUGUUAUCCUGAAGAUUGUGAAUGCGAUACCAACGAAGCAUGGACUAACACAUCUGGUUGUGAAAAGACCUGUCAAAAUAGAUAUGAAGAUAACACUUGUGAUCUCGGACCUCCUAAAUGUGAAUGCAAGCCGAACUUCGUAAGAAAUGACGACGGACAUUGUGUCGAGGUUCACGAAUGCAAUAACUGUAAAUAUGGAAACGAAACGAACAUAACGGAAGGUGAAGUGUUUGAAGAUCCUUUGGACAAAUGCUAUACAUGCAUUUGUGAAGCUGGAGAAAUCAAAUGUAAUAAGAAAUGUAAUGAACCAUCCGAGUGUUUAGAGGGCGAAAUAAGAGUGAUGGACGCAAAUGGCUGCUGUCAUGUAUGCAAGAAAGACACAUGCAGUCUACAUACAAAGACAGAGACACUGGUCGACAUAACAUACGGUGGAUUUAGCAAUUGUUCAACGGAACAACCGAUCACAUAUGCCUACUGCUCUGGUGGAUGUGGUGAUAGCACUCAUUUUCCAAAGGGACUCGGAUUGCCAUCGGAGUGUAAAUGUUGUACAUCUGUGGAAACAAAGAAGAGAGAUAUUGAAUUGGCAUGCAUAAGACCUGACUACACAAAUGGAAUCAGCCUACAAACGGUGACUAUAGAGGAACCUACUAUGUGCCAGUGUGACGUAACACCUUGUCAGCCUGGUACCUGAGAAUAAUGAUCUGCAGCAAGACAGACAAGACAGGCGUUUUUUUCCCAUUAUGAUUUUUGAAAUUGAAUCGAAACCGUAUUAUUUUGAAUUUGUAGAAUAAACAAAUAAAGCAUAUUCAAUAAUU